UUUAGUUGCUUUUCAGCUUCUCUGGCGAGUGCGCGUCCAAUGCGGUGGUGCCUUCUUCUGUUCUGUGCGUCCCCGAGUUUUGUUUGUUUUUUCCAUUGAUGUCCGGUCCGGCCUCCCGCUAGCCCUGUAGCUAUCCAAUCCUGUUCUACGAUGCCGAUGAUUUUGUUAGUCACAUACUAUCUCUAACGCUCUCUCAACAAUCGAAUUCAUAGUGUACGGAUGUAAGGUGCAAUUUUCUGUUAUUUGGUAGUAUAUCGCGAUUGCGCCUUGCGUCGUCGUCGUCGUCGUCUUCUGCGCUAGUUUAGUUGUGAACUGAUUUUUCGGUGUUCUGUCUGCCGUCUCGAAUUCGGACGAGAUUUUGUGUUUGUGUUCGCAUAACGCCUCCAGGUUUCAUGAUCGCCGAUUUUUUCGGCAGUGAGUUCAUUGGAGAAUAAUUAUUUUUAGUGUUUUUUUGGUGGUAGCAAGCUUUUUUAUUUUAGGACGUGUUUUUUCGACACAUUUAUUCGUGAUAUUUGCGUGUUGAGUUGAUGAGAAAGACCAUCAGGUCACGAAGCGACGAGUAAAAAAACCUUCGAAAGUCAUGACACAUUGAUGUUUCUGUAAACAAGCGCAAGAUAGGAAAUAUUGUGUGUCAUCCAUCGAAAAAGUGUCCGAAGUACGCUGUCGGGAGUCAAAACACGGCACUGUAUCGGUGAUUAAAUCGUCAACAGUGUAGUGCUGCCAUCUAUUAAGCUGGAAUUGAACCUGACAAUCGGAACAUCAUUACGUCCGACUACACAUCGUUGAAGGCUACAUCAAUGUUGCAUCAGGAGAACUCUUCGUUGUAGUGGUUCAGCAAAAGAGCACUUCACGUCACAGCUGGUGGUGAACCUUCCUUUGAAAGGGUCGAUCGCGGCACACAGCCCCGAACAACUGAUCCCGUCGAGUAGUCCGAGGUAUUGUAGCCUCAAGCGUGUCAAAUUUUCCCUGUCACCAGCUUAGCUCAAUAAAGCCGUCAAAAUAGGUGCCAUGGGGAAAGACUACUACAAAACCUUGGGCAUACCGAAAGGGUCCACGGAUGAGGACAUCAAGAAGGCGUACCGGAAGCUGGCGUUGAAAUAUCACCCGGACAAAAACAAAAGUCCCGGUGCAGAGGAAAAGUUCAAGGAGGUGGCCGAGGCAUACGAGGUUUUGUCGGAUAAAAAGAAACGAGAGUUGUAUGACAAAUAUGGCGAGGAUGGACUGAAAGGAAGGGCGUCAAACGGCACUACAAAUUCAUCACAAAACUUCACAUAUGAAUUCCAUGGUGACCCGCGGGCGACAUUUGCACAGUUUUUCGGUUCAAGCAAUCCAUUUGCCUCCUUCUUCGAUAUGCACAAUGAUAUUCUAUUCAAUGACAGUCUGUUUAAUGACGAUGAGUUUUUCACGUCCUUCGGUGGACUGGGGAACCGGCACGGACUGGGAGGAGCAUUUAGGUCACACUCUUUCAACGUGCACUCACCGCUCAAGAAGGAAAAAGUGCAGGAUCCACCGAUCGAGCACGAUCUGUACGUGACGCUGGAGGAGAUCUACCAUGGCUGUGUUAAGAAGAUGAAAAUCUCCCGAAGGGUACUGCAACCGGAUGGUACCUCGAAAAAGGAGGACAAAUACGUCAGUAUAUCGGUCCGGCCGGGCUGGAAGUCGGGCACCAAGGUGACUUUCCAGAAGGAAGGUGACCAAGCGAAAGGAAAGAUACCUGCCGACAUAGUUUUUAUAAUCCGCGACAAACCGCACGUUUGGUUCAGGCGAGAGGGCAGCGACCUGCGGUACACGGCGCGGUUAACACUGAAACAGGCUCUCUGUGGUGUGAUCUUCGAAGUGCCCACGAUGACCGGCGAGAAGCUGCGCAUCAGUACAAAGCAGGAGAUCAUCAAACCGAACACGGUCAAGCGGAUCCAGGGCUACGGACUGCCAUUCCCGAAGGAACCGACGCGGAAGGGCGAUCUGCUUGUGGCGUUCGACAUCAAGUUCCCGGAGAAGUUAACGUCCUCGGAGAAGGAACUGCUGAACGACAUGCUACCGAAUUCCUAGUUCCAUCGGUGGCCCUGAGUUCGCUUUCGAACGCCUUCGUCCGAAGGGUUGCCCGCCCUCCAAUGAAAUUUUAUGUACUUUAUUUUCCCGUUGAAAUCUCUCCACCUCCGGACCUGCCACAGCAGAUUGGCAUUUCUGUUAUGUAAAAAAAUGCUCUAUGUUUGUUUAUCAACGCAAAAUCAAGCUACGUACAGAUACAGACACGCACACGAACACACACACACCCUGCAAGUGUUUAUUAGUUUACCUGUAAAUAUUAACAGUCCAAUGCUGCUCGCAAACGAAUUCAGUCGGUAUUUAGUUUAUCGUUUGUUAAUUUAAAUUAUCAUCUGCAUUUUAGGUUGUGCUUUUACUCUGCUUUUGUUUUGUCCUUCGCCGUGUCCGUGGAAAUGUCAAUUCCUGCGGUUGGCAGUAAUAACUGUAUUGAUAAUUUGAUCCCUAGUUAAAACCUUCUCCCGGCAUACUCAAAAGCUGCCUAGGAAAUAAAAUAUCAAUUUGUAACAAAACUGAUGACGAUAAUGGUGAUGAUCCUGAUGAUUGUAAUGAAUAUUAUUAUUUAAUGCAAACUCGCGUUGUCUGAUUCUUUAAAAAAUAUAUAUACUCUACUAUACAGUAUGGUUGUGUACUUGUAAAUCGUGGAAUGGGGCGAGGAAA